CUCAAUGUGCAUUUUCGGAUUCAGCCUUGUGGAUAACCCCCGUUAAUUCAUGUACGAUACAAAAAUUGCUACAAUAGGAUGGCAUGUACUGGAUCCACGUGGCUACUUCGCUAAAGGUUUGGAUAAUAUGCGACUUUUCGGGAAGGGCCCUGUUAAGGACUUCACGUUAUACAAUAAUCCUGAUACACGAAUUGCGGGACAACCAGGUGUGAAUGGAGUUGGCUCAGCCAGGGGACUUGCGCUGCUUCAUCAGUUGACCAUGGACGGCACUUUAUUGUCUAAGGAAAUGAUACAGAAAAUUUCUGAGCCACUGUUUCCCAACGAAUUUGACCACUCUAUUGGAGAGAUACUUAGCAAAGGAUAUGGAUUUAUGUAUACUCGAAGUCCUACAGGUUCCUGGCAAAUUGGACAUAUGGGCGUUGGCGGACAAAUUGUGCGAUUUGAUCCAGAAAACGAUAUCGUGCUCUGCUAUCUCACGAAUGCUUUCAAAGCCGGCAGUUCCGAACACGUCUUCACUUAUAAUCGACUACAAAAGAAAGUUUAUGACAUUAUAAGGAACAAGAAAAUGACCGAAUAAAGAAUUUGUAUCAGA